AAAAAAAAUUCUGUCCUUCUUUGACACCAACUGGCCGACCAUGCCCAAGAGAAAGGCCUCUGGUUAGCAAACCCUGUUCUUAAUUAUAAUCAAGAUGAGACCAAUGUGAAUAUAUCUUAUCUUUCCAGAUAGAUAGCCCAAGAGGAGCAGCAGAAUAAUGGGGAAAAUCAGGCAGAAAUAUUGACUCCAUGUGACCUACAGUAUGUAUUUAUUUAUUUAGACUGAGCUCCUUUAAGGCUCGUUGGCUUCAGAAACUUAAGUGAGUUUAACCUGCAGCAUUUAAAAUACUGAAAACAGUGCUGAAACAGCCAUUUUAUUUUCUGGCACCCACUUCAACCUUGAAUGAACCAUUUCACCAUUCAUACAAAUCCAGGCUUUGAAUACCAGCCCCUGCUGAGUAGCUUAAAUGAAGGUUGAGGUUUCCAUCCUUGUAUGGACCUUAGUUCAAAACUGCAAUUUCAUAAACCAACUUUCUGUCUCACCUCUACAACAGUUCAAUCUCAUGAAAGUUGCUACCAUUUGCUAUAAACUUCUGAAGAACACACCCCCCCCCUAAGAAUUGAGAUGUGCAAAAUUGUUGUAUCCUUUACACAAACCUGGAUCAAGUAGGCACAAGUUGGUAUACAGUCUAAGCAGUGGUGGAACUUACUGGCUGUCCCCUGAAUGUUUGCCAUUGGGGUGCCCAUGAGCACAAUGAUGCCCUUGAGGGCUUCCAUGCUGCUUACACAGCCUCUGAGCCCCCGUUCCCGACUGCCAUCUUCUACAUGUAUCUCAAAUGAUCCUGGAUGCCACAAGAUGAACACUUCACUACAAAUAUACAGGAAACUAUUCAGUUUAACUAUCGAUCAAAAGUAAGUCAAGCUUCGUAAGUAUGAACAAAUUUGGUCUUUAUAGGGUUGUUUUGGAAUUGGUCUGAACCUCUGAGCCACUGACUAGUUUUGAAGUGGUAUUAAUUAAUUUACUAACUUUGUUCCAGUUUCUGCUACAAAAAUAUAGUACAAAGUGUGCCUGAGCAGAAAUCAUGUUUCAGGAGCUGUAUGUCCACUGGCAAGCCUUAUGAAUGUAUGGUUGUUUUGGCUACAUGCCUGAGACUGCAUUGGGACUUGUUACUUGCUUAGACAGAUCACCACAGUGAUAAAUGCAAAUGAGAACAGGAAAAAUGACCUUUGAAAAUGUUUUCUUCUUCUAACUGGAACACAGCAAAGGCUGGUCCUACUGUGCAUACUGACCCCUUGGGACAAUUGGAGAGUGACCCCUCCCCUCUCCGCUCCCCAGCACUGGAGGUGUGAGAGUUAUUAAAAUAAAUCACAGCAAUCCUUUUAAAGAAGUGUUAGGACAUCUAAAUAUAGGGGUCACUACCAGCUCCCAUUGUAAUCCCAUUAGUUCUGUCAAAAUCAGGGAAGAACUGAAGUAAAAACUUAGUUUCAAGUGGGCUUUUCAAUUUUAGGAGCCAGAAUUGUGACACCCUAGUUAUAUUUUGGAAAUGAGAAUAAACUUCUGCCAUGUUGCGAAGGAAACAGACUCUCUUGUUCUGAUUGUACACGGGAUCAUCCUUAUUUUUAGAGCACCAAUUAUUCUUCGCUUGCUCUUUCUCUAAGCCGAUUUGGGUUCCUUCAGAGGGAGCUGUGCCAUGACAACAACGAAGAUUUUGUGCAGUAUAAAAGUGCAGCUCACAAUACUGUUAUUUCCCUGGAUGGCAUCUAUCUGUAUGUUGAGGUAGAUUUUCACUCUAGGACUGAAUGGUGCAUUUUAAAAGAAAUCUGACUAAACCCCUUGAUACUUCCUUCUCAACUUGCCACUUCAAAUAAUGAUGUGGUUCCGAAGAGAGCUGUCGUUUUUGCUGAAUGUUUUCUUUUGAAGCACUGCAAAACACUGAAAAUCUCAAAUUCCCUUUUAAAAAAGCCAGCUUCAGAGUGUGCAGACAUGGUGGACGUGCUUUGGAGAAUCAAGGUACUGGGGAUGGUGGGCAGGAAAACAUCAGCUCUGUGAAAGGGCAUGAUGCCAUGUGUUCUCUAUGGACCUGGGGUUGAAACUGAGGUCAGAGUGGUCUCAGGCCUGUGUGAGGAAGAGUAGGAGCUGAGUUGAGAAAUGUACGCCAGAUAGUUGUGGCAGCCGUGAUGAGGUCCUCCUAGGCUGUCAUCCAUUUAGCUAUAGAUAGCAAACCCAAAGCUCCUUAGAGAGAAACCUCUUACCAGCCACUUUCCACAAAUGGUACAUACACCUAAAGGUACUUAGUGAAAAUCCUUGAGAGGUAUUUAAUGCUAAAGUAGUCGGUCUCCCUAACAUGUGUUUGUAGCCUGCACUUACACUCAGGCAGUGGCGCAGGGAAAGCCAUACCAAGGCAGCCACCCCAAGGCAAGCCAGUGUUCUUGCCCCAGUGAGGCUCUGCCACCCUAGUACAUCGCCAAGAUGUGUGACAUGGGGGGACUGGAUAACCUGAUCGCCAACACAGCAUACCUUGAGGCCAGGAAAAGCGGAGAUGUGGAUGCCAAGGAGAUGCAAAAAAGACGCAGGAACCUAGCUCUACCCAAGAUUGAGGAAUGUGCGGAGAUCAAAAAGUCUCUGACUAUGGAUUAUGAGUCCAUUUGCGAGCAACAGCCCAUAGGCAAGAGUUUUUUUCGGGAAUUCUUGGAAACGGUGCCUGAGUACCUGAAGGCCAGAGAGUUUUUGGACGAAGUGGUCGCUUGGGAGCUGGCAGAGGACCACAUCAAGGACAGCUACCUAGAAGGCAUAGUCAACAUGUACUUGAAGAAUUGCAGCAACAGCUACCUGAAAUUUCUCAGUGCAGACUUGUCAAGCAAGUGCCAGGCAGCUGGCAAGGAUGAUUUUGAAAAAGUCACAUUAUCAGCCAGGGAAGAGACAAAUGCCUAUCUCAAGGGGAAACCCUUUGAUGACUACCAGACUAGCCCAUUCUUUGAUAAGUUUGUGCAAUGGAAAGGCUUUGAGCGGCAACCUAUAAACGAGAAGCUCUUUGACGAAUUCCGAGUACUAGGCAAAGGAGGCUUUGGAGAGGUUUGUGCCAUUCAGGUGAGAAAUACUGGCAAGAUGUAUGCCUGCAAGAAACUGGACAAAAAACGACUAAAGAAAAAAGGUGGCGAAAAGAUGGCUCUGUUAGAGAAGGAGAUCCUUGAGAAAGUCAACAGCCGUUUCAUUGUCACGCUGUCCUAUGCCUAUCAGAGCAAAGCCGCCCUGUGUCUUGUCAUGAGUCUGAUGAAUGGUGGGGAUCUUAAAUAUCACAUUUACAAUGUGGGCGAAAGAGGCUUGGAAAUGGAUAGGGUCAUCUUCUACUCGGCUCAGAUCACCUGUGGGAUGCUGCACCUUCACUCCAUCCAAAUUGUCUACAGGGACAUGAAGCCUGAAAAUGUCCUCCUGGAUGAUGAUGGCCACUGCCGAUUGUCUGAUCUUGGCUUGGCGGUGGAAGUCAAGGAAGGCAAGUCCAUAAACCAGAGGGCUGGAACUAAUGGAUACAUGGCUCCUGAAAUCCUAAACGAAGAGAAUUACACCUACUCAGUGGACUGGUUUGCUAUGGGGUGUAGUAUUUAUGAGAUGGUUGCUGGUCGAACUCCAUUCAAGGAUUUCAAAGAGAAAGUUGACAAAAGUGAAGUUAAAAGAAGAACCAUAGAAGAUGAGGUGAAGUUUGAGCAUGCUAACUUUGAUGAGCCAACAAAAGAUAUAUGUAAAGCGUUCUUGGCAAAGAAACCAGCAGAUCGUUUGGGAACCAGGAGUAAUGAUGAUGAUCCCAGGAAGCAUGCUUUCUUCAAAUCAAUAAACUUUCACAGGCUGGAGGCAGGCCUUAUAGAUCCUCCCUUUGUGCCAGAUCCCAGCGUUGUCUAUGCCAAAGAUGUUGCAGACAUUGCUGACUUCUCUGAAGUCCGGGGGAUAGAGUUUGAUGACAAAGACAAGAAAUUCUUCAAGAAAUUUGCAACAGGUGCUAUCCCAAUACCUUGGCAGGAAGAAGUCAUUCAAACAGGACUGUUUGAAGACCUGAACAAUCCCCACAGAUUAGUUGCUGACUCGAAAUCUGGAGUUUGUUUGUUGUUAUAAAUAUUGCACCAGAAAUGUAAGGGUGGGAACGCACCAUUGAACCUUCCAUUAUUUCAAAGACUUUAAGGUGUGUAGCAAGAACUCAUUGUCGUCAUAAAGGCAAGCCGAAUAAACUGUUCUCUUCCAUUUUGGUAUUUUAUUGGAAAUUUUCAAUGAAGAAUGAGGAUUAUUUUAAAAUAGCAUGAUGGAUUAACAACUCAUGGUGAUUUCUGGAUAAAAUACACAAAAUCAUUUGGAUAUAUAUUUUCCUCCCUUGAGACUGCUUCUGCUUUGUUAGGUUUCAGUAGUGAUACAUCCAAGUUCUUUAUGAAAAAGACUGAUCACUGGAGUGACACAGUGGGUCUAAACUGAUUGCAGUUAAGUAGGAAACUCAAUAAAAGUGUAUAUAGGCUAUGCUUCUCCAUUUAUUAAGUAUUAAAACAAUAGUCAACAUAUUUUUGCUACUGAUUGCAACUUCCUAUCAGAUUUCCUGAUAGUAUCUUUUCACUCUGAUGAAAGCUGUAGUUUAAAUUAAACUACAAAAUGAAUCACACCAGUAUGUAACUGGUCUUUAAAGAGACAAUAAUAUAAAUGCAAUAGGAGUGUUUAUUCAGCAAGCAAUGGGAUUAAAAGAAAUGGUUAAUUGUUUUUACAAGUGCUUUUAAUGUUGGAAACUAAUGUACAUAACGUGUCUAGCUUAAAUGUGUACUACAUCUGGUUCUUUUACAAAUCUUGGUAAAUCUCUCAUUUUGACAUUUCUUUUUUGUGUUUGAGGGUGUUCUGAAGCUGGUUAACUUAGGCAGGCAAAUCUUAGAUAAAAAUGUCUAGUUAUUGGGGGUUCUUCAACAGCAGAAGUUCAUUUAUGCAAGUUAUGUCCCACCCUAAAUUCUCAGAUGAAAUUAUUUCUGUGGCCCUGCAGAACUGUAUAAACUUAAAAGCGAGCAUGCAAUUGAACACUUGGGGAGGUUUAUGAUUGGAGAAAAUCUCAAAACAGAUGGCACCAAAUUACUCACUGAUAAAUGUAAUUUUUAAAAUUAUGCCAUUUACAAUCUUGAACCUUAGCCUGCCUCCCAAUCAGUUUAUCUGUGUGGUUGCCAGGCAUCCAGCAGUGUGACUCGAAUUCUGAUCGCAUUCUGAAUUUCAUCCAGUAAAACUUUAAUUAGAUAUUGUUGUGAUUCAAAGUUUUGUAUAAAACUGAGUUAAUCUACAAAGA